GUUUGCAUUGGGCUGGGCUCGCAGCAUCAUGAAAAACGUUAGCGACUGGGGCAAAGUUGGUGCAGCAUGUUCCCGCAAACAGCGCUCAGCUUCUGGGUUUAUUUAUUUUGCGUUUAUUUCCUCGUGUAUGCGUGUGUUUGCAGAGUUCCUCGACGCCGCAGUUCCCAACGCACUUCCUUUAAAAACUGGGGGGGGGGCAGUCAGUGUGGCAAACUUGUUCUAUUUCCCUGAGGUUUCCUCACGCCGCCUUCCAGGGAUGCAUGCGCCCUCGAAGUCGCUAGCUAGCCAAAUGCCUCCUUUUUCUUUUUGAAAGGACAGGAAGAGGGAACGUAUAAAAGGUUGCACAAGUGGGUGGUAUAAAAGGGAACGUUUAAACGUAUAAAAGGUUGCACAAAUGGGUGGUAUUGAGAAGAGGCAGCGAGCCCAAAAUGUUUCAGGAAUAGUGUAAAACUCUCCCUGCUCCAUAGCUGUCAAGUUUUCCCUUUUUUAAAGGGAAAUACCCUUAUGCUGAAUAGGCUCCCUCGCGAGAAAAGGGAAAAGUUGACAGCUAUGCCCUGCUCCCUAUGCUGGAGUCAAAGUUCCCUGCUGAGCAGAAGUCAAGGAAGGCCUUGGUAAUGCUUUACUUCACUCCAGUGCCUGCAAAUAUGAAUUGGGCUAACAGGGUCUUAAGGUGUGGUGGCUUCCUUGAACUACUUGGGUUGGGGAUGGAGAAGCUGUGGCAAUCUCAGCACAGUCCAUAGUUGGGGAUGGUAGGAGUUGUAAUCCAACAACGUCUGGCGUCCCGGGACGCAGGCUCCUCAUCUCUGCUUAGAUAAAAAUCAAAACCAAUAACACAAUGUAGGUCAAGCGGCAAAGCGACUUCCGACGCAUUGUGAGCUUUAUGACGGAGUGGGGCUUGAGUCUGACUUUCCAAACCUCAUCCUACAUGCCAACCGCUAUACAAAGUUAUAUGAAGAAAUUGUGUCCCGAUCGGUUAUAUGUUUCUGAUAUAAAUUGGUCACGUAAGCCCCAGAGUGAUGGUGAACUAGGCAAUAAAUUUUUAAGAAGCAUUUCUGUAAUACACUAGAGAGAUGUUUUUAAACAUCUAUAUGGAGCUGCUGGGAGAGAUCAUGGGGGGGGGGGGUUAGGCUGGGUGUUCAUCAGUAUGCGGAUGAUAUCCAGCUUUACCUCUCUUUUAAAUCGGAACCAGUGAAGGCGGUGAAUGACCUGUGUGAGUGUCUGGAAGCGGUUGGAAGAUAGAUGGCAGCUAACAGAUUGAGGUUGAAUCCUGACAAGACAGAAGUACUGUUCUUGGGGGACAGGGUGGACAGGUGUGGGGGACUCCCUGGUCCUGAAUGGGGUACGUACCAGGUGCGCAGCUUGGGAGUCAUUUUGGACUCACAGCUGUCCAUGGAGGCGCAGGUCAGUUCUGUGUCCAGGGCAGCUGUCUACCAGCUCCAUCUGGUACACAGGCUAAGACCCUACCUGCCUGUGAACUGUCUUGCCAGGGUGGUGCAUGCUCUAGUUAUCUCCCUCUUGGACUACUGCAAUGCACUCUACGUGGGGCUACAUUUGAAGGUGACUUGGAAAUGACAAUCCAGAAUGUGGCAGCUAGAUUGCUGACUGGGAGUGGCUGCUGAGACCAUAUAAUACCGGUCCUGAAAUACCUACAUUGGCUCCCAGUAUGUUUCCGAGCACAAUUCAAAGUGUUGGUGCUCACCUUUAAAGCCCUAAACAGCCUUGGCCCAGUAUACCUGAAGGAGCGUCUCCACCCCCAUGGUUCAGCCCGGACACUGAGGUCCAGCUCCAAGGGCCUCCUGCGAGAAGUGAGGUUACAGGGAACAAGGCUGAGGGCCUUCUCAGUAGUGGUGCCUGCCCUGUGGAACUCCCAUCAGAUGUCAAGGAAAUAAACAACUGUUAGACUUUUAGAAGACAUCUGAAGAAAAUGAGUGACAGUGACGAUGAUGUCCCUCAGCUUUCAUCUGAAGCCUUAUCUGCUCUGCAGGAGUUCUAUAUUGAGCAACAGCAGAGAGAAGACAUUAAGGCAACAGAAAGAUUUGAUAACAAUUCUCUUGGCUCAAUAGAAGAGAACUGGCAACUGAGCCAGUUUUGGUAUGAUGCUGAAACUGCGCUCCAUUUAGCUAACGAGGCUGCAAGAGCAGUUGGAAGCGGUGGCAGUAUAGCAUGUGUUAGUGCACCCAGUGUUUAUCAAAAAUUGAAAGAACGGGACAACAAAGAUUUUUCAACAUGUUUAUUGGAAUAUGACCAAAGAUUUUCUGUGUAUGGAGCUGAAUAUGUUUUCUAUGAUUACAACAAUCCCUUGAACCUUCCGACCAACCUCACACCACACAGUUUUGACAUUGUCGUAGCAGAUCCACCCUACCUGUCUGAAGAGUGUCUCAGAAAAACUGCAGAAACCAUGAAAUACUUAACUAAAGGAAAGGUUCUGCUUUGUACAGGUGCUGUUAUGGAGGAAUAUGCUGCUAAGUAUCUUGGUGUGAAGAUGAGCAAGUUUAUUCCAAAACAUACUCGAAACCUAGCCAAUGAAUUUAGAUGUUACGUGAACUAUGAUUCUGGACUAGAUUCUGAUUCUGUUUCUUGACACUGCUCAUAAAGAUUUAACCAAAUAUUUCAGUCUGGGGCUUUUUUCCUUCUCUGAAGGUGUGAACAUUUGUAAUUUGUUUUUAACAUUCAGCAGUAUUUGUGCUAAAAGGAGGGAGGUGGUGAUGAUGAGAGGCAAGGGUGGACAUGGGACAGGUGCAGUAACAUUGCAUAACCUUUCUCCCACCAAAACAAUUCUUAUACUGUACUCUGCCAACCCAACUGACAGGUCUUGCUCCCUUUCCUAUUGCUCUGUGGGCAACUGAAGCUGAGAACAAGUCCAGCAAAUGAUUAACGCAGUUACUGGGAGGAAAGAUGCAGCCAUUCAUUUUAGUUACACCCUGCUCAGCAGUGCAGGAUACUACUGUAUUUUUCAGUGUAUAACACGCGCCGGUGUGUAAGAUGAACCCUAUUUUUUUGGG